GUGGAAGAAACAACAAAAUGAAACCAUUUAAUGAUGGUAACCUUUAAGGAGAAAAGCACAAGCCAGCCUGAGGUGGUGAAAUCUCUUUUAAGCAUCACCAGAAGUUCACUACAGGCAAACCUCAAUGAAAGAAACUAAGUGUGAGGGCAGAUACUCAACAUUUUUCUAAAUGGUAAAUGGGGACAUUACCAUCCAUCAAUGACGAAGAGAGAAAUAAAAGGAUUGUUUCUGGCCCCUGAGAACAGUUGAAUAUCCAGCUGAUUUUCAAACAGAAUCUUCUUGGCCUGCAUAGAAGCCACAGCAGUAUCUCCUUUCUCUCAUUUUUUGGCCCUGCACAUGACUCUGAGAGAAGCACCAAUGGCCUGCAGCUUAGGCAUGGUGAUGAGUGCCUUGUUUUGGUCUGUAGCCAUUGUAUAUUUGACUCAAAUUGGCAGAGUCAGUGGAGACUGCUGGCUAAUUGAGGGUGAAAAGGGCUUUGUAUGGCUUGCAAUUUGUAGCCAAAAUCAACCACCUUAUGAGGCCAUCCCACAGCAUAUCAACAGCACCAUAGUGGACCUUCGUCUGAAUGAAAACAAAAUCAAAAGUAUCCAUUAUUCUGCCCUUAGUCGCUUUGCCAACUUGACCUACCUGAACCUGACAAAGAAUGAAAUUUCCUACAUAGAGGAUGGGGCCUUUUCUGCUCAGUUUAACUUACAAGUCCUUCAGAUGGGCUUCAACAAGUUGCGGAACCUGACAGAGGGGAUCCUCAGGGGUUUAGGAAAGCUGCAGUACCUCUACCUCCAGGCAAACCUGAUCGAGACUGUGACACCCAAUGCCUUUUGGGAAUGCCCCAACAUUGAGAACAUUGACCUCUCCAUGAACCGAAUUCAGCAGCUAGACGGGUCCACGUUUACUAGUUUGACUAAACUGACCACCUGCGAGCUGUAUACCAACCCUUUCAACUGCUCAUGUGAAUUACUUGGUUUUGUCAAAUGGCUCUCAGUUUUCCCCAACAGGACGAAUGAGCGGAUGGUCUGCGACUCCCCACCUGGCGUCUCUGGUUAUAGUUUACUUAGCCAGAAUCCUAACAAUCCAACAUAUCGAAAUGCCCUUCACAUGCUUACCACUGUGUGUACUGAUGACUACGUGACACCAUUUAUUCCUGUGCCCAUUGAUCCCACAACUAUCCCACCAGACUCGACACUUUGUGGGUUGGAUGACUGUCCCUCAGGCACAGAACCUGAAGAUAUUACCAUCAGUACAACCUACAAUGAUGUGGAAGUAAACCCUCUGAUGAAGCUGAAGCAAGUAUCAAAUACAGGUGCCACUAUCACAGUUCAGAUUCCUCAUCCCUACAAGAAGAUGUACAUCCUGGUUCUGUACAACAACAGCUUUUUCACAGAUAUUCAAAACCUGAAAGAUAUAAAGGAGGACAUUGAACUAAAAAACCUUAAACCCCACACUAACUACACAUAUUGUGUUGCUUCAAUACGUAAUUCUCUUAGACACAACCACACUUGUCUGACAAUCACCACUGGCCCUUGGAAUGGAAAGGAUAGAGGUGUAAACAAUGCAACUGCUACCCACUACAUUAUGACGAUUUUAGGCUGCCUCUUUAGCAUGGUCAUUUUUCUGGGCGUGGUUUACUACUGCUUGCGAAGAAAGCGUCAGCAAGAUGAAAAGCACAAAAAAUCAGGGAGCCUGAAGAAAAACAUAAUGGAACUUAAAUAUGGCCAAGAGCUGGAAGGAGGGACUAUUUCUCGAAUGUCACAGAAGCAGCUGUUGGCUGGUGAGAGUAUGGCACGUAUGCCAUACUUACCAUCUGCAGGUGAAAUGGAGCAGUACAAAUUUCAAGAGAUAAGUGAUACUCCUAAAAUGAUGAAAGGAAAUUACAUGGAGGUGCGAAGCAUGGACCACCAUGAACGCAGGGAGUGCGACAUGGGAAUGGCUGGGAAUAGCCAGGGGUCAGUGGCAGAGAUUUCCACAAUCGCAAAAGAGGUGGAUAAAGUCAAUCAGAUAAUUAACAACUGUAUAGAUGCUCUAAAGUCAGAAUCCACUUCUUUUCAAGGAGUGAAAUCCGGAGCAGUGUCCACUGCAGAGCCCCAGCUCGUACUAAUAUCAGAACACCCACAGAGUAAGUCUGGUCUGCUGUCCCCAGGGUAUAAGGACAGCUACCACCACUCUCUGCAGAGGCAUCGAACUUCUGAUGUCUCGCCAAAGAGGCCAAGCACUGCCACAGGAGGGCCCAUGCGAAGCCCUAGGCCUUAUCGCUCUGAAUCCAAGUACAUAGAGAAAACCUCCCCAACAGGAGAAACCAUCCUCACUGUAACACCUGCUGCUGCCAUCCUGAGGGCUGAGGCAGACAAGAUACGUCAGUACAGUGACCACCGGCACUCAUAUCCUGAUGCUCAGAUAGAGGAACUUGAAGGACCUGAUGGCCACAAGUCCUCCAUGUUGGAGCCUCUCACUCACUCCCGCUCCAGAGACUUAGCAUAUUCCCAGCUGCCAUCUCAGUAUCACAAUCUGAGCUACUCCUCCAGUCCCGAAUACUACUGCAAACCAUCACACAGCAUCUGGGAGCGAUUUAAACUCCACCGGAAACGGCACAAAGAUGACGAGUACAUGGCUGCAGGCCAUGCACUGCGCAAGAAAGUCCAGUUCGCAAAGGAUGAGGACCUGCAUGAUAUUUUAGACUAUUGGAAAGGUGUAUCAGCCCAGCAUAAAUCAUAACCUCUUUAGGUGUUUUUAAAAUGGACCACACAUUGCAGAAAUGACACAAGAACCUCAUCUGAUAAUUGAAUCAAUGGAUACUUCCAUAUUAUAAAUCAAUCAAUUCACAUGCAUCACAUUCUCUUUUGACUGUGAGGAAAAAUGAGGUAAAGAUUCUUAAAAUUUGUCAUAUUAUGUAAAGAAUUCAUCGGGAAAACUUUUAUCUAUUAACAAAAAAAAUAUAUUGCAAAUUAAUAAUAUAUAUGUUACAAUGGAUUAUAGGUUUUUGGGUAUCGCAUGGCCAAGUCCUGUGACAGUGGAUUUGCUGUUGUGUAAUAUGAAACUACUAUAUGAAGAUAUGUCUACUAAAACCUCAAUAUUUUUUUGAGGAACUACCUGGACCCUUCAUUCAGAAUGAACUUUUGUUUUCUUCCUUUCCUGCAUAUAUUUAAUUCAACAAAACUAUGUACAGAUAUGGAUUUCUAUAUUUGCAAUGUUUGCUGUGUAAAUGGAAAGUAUUAGUGGAUGAAUCAGGUUUUAUCAAACGGAGUGCUGUUCAUUUAGAAUAACUUGCUGAAGAACAGCAUAUCCCACUUUAAACCUGUCAUAUCAUUUGUCAUUUUUAACCUUCACCGCCUGUUUUGUUUAUUUUUUUUUUUAACCUUUUCUUUGUUAAAGCUUUUACAUGCAUUUACACGACACAGAUGGAUUCAGUUUUUAUGUCCCCUUAAUCACACAAUGCAGUAUUCAAUGGAUGGACACUGAUAGACUCCAUGCAGGCAAGAUGCAGUAUGUUACAUGCUGUAAUGAAAGUCUCAGUCAUCAGUUUCAUCAACCAUCAUUUGUACCUUUAGUACCAAAGUAGAAAACGCUGAAAUGUUUACAAUAUUUCUGCAUGGUCUGGGAAUCGUAUGAACAACGAUCGUAUGAGCAGUAGGUCCAUAUUGACUUUUCUUUUUCUUUUUUGUAUCAGUUACUCUUUCAAAAAUGAAAACAUUGGGAAAUAAUAUUAUCCACACAGGAUACGGCAUUGAAAGUCUACAAUUAAUCACUAAUAUCUCAAAGGGAAUGCAGCUGUGCUCCUUCACCUGUUGUUUAGGUAGAGACAGCUGCUCUUCCCUGCAGGAGAGCCCGAUGGAUGAAUGUAACAGAUACAUAUUCUGAUCUGUCUAUGGCAGCUUUUAUGUAAGGAAGUAUUUAUUUAAUGCUAAUAACGACGUGUUUUCCUUUUCCUUUGCUUCAGUAUUUCUUCCAGUGUAUUAUAUUGCAUAAUGUCUGAUCUGAUAAAUGCAGGAAAGUAAUUUGUUAUUCGGAAGGGCCUUGUUGCUUGCUGAAGGGUUUCAUUUUAUUUUUACCUGCUUACUGGCUGUUAAAUCUUUUUGUAUAUUACGAAAGCUACGUACCAGACGAAUAUCAACAUGCUAGAGUAAAAUUUGAGAAUGUGAAACUGAAUCCUCUGACUUACUGGCUGUGAAUUUGUAUAUCAUGAAAUUUUUUGAGCAAAUGUAAGAUUUAAUGCUUUUUCUUUGUAAGAUGUUUAUAUAACUUUUUCCUAAUAGGCUCAUAAUGAUUCAUUGCAUAUUCAUGAAUGAGCAAUAAAUAUGCAUUUCAAACCCUCCUA